AUGCCGAUUGAGAAAUACGACGGAUCAUCUGACCUCGAGGAACAUUUGAACGUCUUCUUGACUCAGGCGACCCUCUCCACUCAGGACGACUCAGCUUUGUGCCGAAUAUUUCCCACAUCGCUGAAGGGAAGAGCAUUGAGCUGGUUCACGAGGUUGCCGAGCGCCUCCAUAGACUCGUUUAGCGAGUUGUCGUCCCAGUUCGCCCUACAAUUCGCAACGAGCAAGCCGUACAAGACGACCUCUUUAGCCUCGGCGGGGAUCCGUCAAGAGAAGAAGGAAAACCUAAGAAGCUUCAUGGACAGAUUUAACAAGAUUGCGAUGGAGAUUGGAGAUCUUAAUCCCGCCGUGGCAUUGGAUCGGCUAAGCACGGCCCUCAGGCCGGGACCAUUUGUGAACAGCUUGUGUAAGAAGCCCCCAGUUGAUAUGAACGACCUCCGGUGCCGAGCAGAGAAGUACAUGCAAAUGGAAGAACUUGCGAAGACCCGGAACCAGGCCAGGGUCGAAGAAAAUUUUAACCAGAAAGAAUCUGGCCGAGAGCAGGUGAAAAAGGUGCACGUCGAGCCCUCGAAUACUCGCCCCCCAAAAGGACCUCGCUACGCGGCAUACACUCCCCUCAAUGCGAGUAGAGCCAAAGUGAUGGAGCAGGCCCUCGCAUCAGAAAUCCUUGCAAUGUCGAAAAGGGCGAACACACCCCUAGAGCCGACAAAGCCAAGGCGUGCCGAUUUCACCGAAACAGGGGGCACUCCACCGAAGAAUGCUCUGCCCUGA